AUGGACACAGAGACGCCCUCGCAGGAGCCUGAGACGGUGCCGGAGACGUUGGGCAAUACCUCCGUGUUCCCGCCGCCGCCCAGUGUCUACCGUCACUUCACGCUGGCCAAUGCAGCGUGGCUCGACCUGCUGCAGUCGUGCAAGGCGAACGAUGCUACGUUGCUCGCCGAUGCCCAAGCCAGUGAAGAGGCACGCAUAGCCGAGCAGACCAAAGCACUCACCAUGGCUAAAGGCGCGUUGCCAUAUGCGCCACCGACCAUCGACUUGGAACGCACAUUGUCCCCACCGAAGGUCGAGUGGAUUGAAGAAGAUGGCGGCUACCAACUCUUUGGACAACGAUGGCCGAUUCCAGAUACGGCGCCAUCGCUGGAGCAACUCGGUAUCCGGCCUUUGUUUUCCGCCGACGAUCUAGAUCACCGCCACGUGCUGCAACAGUUGCUACGCACGUUGCUGCAAACCUACUUUGAGCUUACCUGCGACUUGCUUCGCCCGAUCCAGCCGUACGAUGUAUGGGUCCCCGCGCCUCACAGCGAGGGCGGCACAGAGGACGCAGCUCCGCCGAAUGGCACAUGGAUCUCGUCAUCCCGUCUCAAGGAUCGACUGCAACACAUGGAAACCGUCGUGAUCAACUUUCUGUACCUCCUAAAUCAACUUCGGCCUACGCAGUCGCGCGCCGCGCUAGCGACCAUGAUGCGAACGCAGGUCCAGCGAAAACGCGAGGCGGCUGCACAGCUUCGUGCAAAGUGCGAGGCCAUUCGCACAGAACUUGCGUCCUUGGAGAUGUAG